ACUCACAGAUGGCCCCACUGCCGGGGGCAGAGCUUGUCCAGACACCACUGCAGCUGUACCGUUACUUGUUGCGUUGCUGCCGGCAGCUGCCAACCAAGGGCAUCCAGGAACACUACAAGCAUGCUGUCAGGCAGGGUUUCCGGGUUCACUCAGAUGAAGACAACCCUGAGAGAAUCCUGCAGAUUAUCAAAAGAGCCAUUGAAGAUGCCGACUGGAUUAUGAACAAGUACAAAAAGCAAAACUGAGAAUCCGGAGCUCGCAGCUUGACUGUCCUGGGGACAUUUGGAACUGAGAAGCACUUCUGCUUUUGGAGCUCAGCAGCAGCAGCAGCACCAGCAGCACCAGCAGCAGUAGCAGCAGCAGCAGCAGUUCUGGAAUAUUCUUUGACCUUGUUGGCUGAAAGCAAGAACUUAUAGCUGGCAUUUGGUCAGGUGGCUCUUGUGUCCGCAGCCAUGUUUCCAGCAUCUUUUAUGUCUGCUCUUCUGGCCCGGAAUGAUAUUCAAUUUGGGGAGAACUUGG